UACCUUUGUGUCUACCUUCGUAUCUACCUCUACACAGAUACAACAGAUAUACCAGAUACAAAAGAAUACAAAACCCAUCCAUGAUCUAACAAUCUAUCCAACCCCCCAAAAAGGAAAGAAAAAAAGGAUUAAUGACUCCCCGGUUCCUCAUAAUCGGCGCCGGCUCCCGCGGCACAGCCUACGCCCAAGCCGUAACAACCUCCACCCCAGGAACCAUCCACGCCGUGGCCGAACCCCACACUUUUAAAAGACAGCACCUCGGCCGGUCCUUCAUCUGGGGCAACGGGAAGCCAAAACCAGGACAGGAGUUUCAGGAUUGGAGGGAGUGGGUUGAGUACGAGACGUUACGGCGGGAGAGGGUUUCUCACGGACAGGCAGGGGGAGGGGGAGGGGGAGAGGGAGAGGGUGGGGAAGAUGAGGAGAAAGGGGUAGACGGGGUGUUUGUAUGCACACUUGAUGAAACGCACGUCGAGAUCCUGCUGGGAAUAGCCCAUUUGGGUGUUCAUGUGCUGUGUGAGAAGCCGUUGGGGGUGGAUUUGGAGGGGUGUCUCGAUGUGUGGAGGGCUUACUCUUCCUCAUCCACCACCUCCCCCUCCUCCUCCUCCUCUUCUUCUCCCCCCGAAAAGAAACAGAGAAAGCAAGGUCAAAAACAGAUCUUCUCCAUCGGGCACGUCCUCCGCUACAGCCCUCAUAACCUGCUUCUUCGAAAGUUACUCCUCGACGAUAAUGUGAUCGGGGACGUGGUCUCUCUUGAACACGUCGAGCCGGUCGGAUGGUGGCACUUCUCACACUCGUAUGUGAGGGGAAACUGGAGGAGGGAGACGAGUGGUGGGAUCGGAUCGCUGCUGACCAAGUCGUGCCACGAUGUUGAUUUUGUGAUGUGGUUGCUUUCGUAUCCUUCUUCUCUUUCUUCCCAAGGGGAUGAAGAACAAGGAGAAGGAGAGGGGGAAGAGAGAGGGGAUGCAGAUAUACACUACCCGUCGACAAUAACCUCCACAGGGCAUCUCUCCCAAUUCCACCCCCGCCGCAAACCCGCCACGGCAGGGUCUCACACGAACUGUGUCACCUGCCCCACUGAAAGGGAGUGUCUAUACAGCGCCGUCAAGAUAUACAGAGAUAUGCACCUUCGACAGGGCAAGACAGAGUGGCCGGUUAACAUCGUGUGUCCUGAUAUCGAGGAUUUCACCUCCCUUUCUUCUUCUUCUUCUUCUUCUCAGGAGAAGGAUCAAGCGAUGGCCAAGGCAGAGAACCGUCUCAUGUCAGCCCUCCAAGAAGACUACGAUGCCACCACCACCCCAGAUGAAGUUAUCGCCAGCCGACCCUGGUACGGACGGUGCGUCUACGAAGCCGAUAACAACGUCUGCGACGACCAGGUGGUCACGAUCUUAUGGGAUGAAUCCCCCCCGUCCCCAUCUUCCCCCUCCGCAUCUACUCCCAAGAACGUGAAAGGGAGCAAAACAGCAACGAUCCACAUGGUCGCCCCCACGCAGGCGCAAUGCGUCCGCCGCGGCCGCAUCUACGGCACAACGGGCGAGCUGACCUACGACUCGUCGACCAUAUCGUACUUCGAUUUCGCCAGCGGGGAGACAACAUCCAUCGCUGUCCCGCGCCAGUCCGAGGCGGAGGAAAAGGCGCACGGGGGUGGGGAUUAUGGGCUGGCGAGGGGGUUUGUGGGCGCUGUUGAUGCUGUUGUUAGUGGGGGGAUGGGGGUGGGGAGGGCGCAGAGGCGGUUUGUGGGGUGCUCGUUGAGGGAGAUUAUUGUGAGCCAUGGGGUGGUUUUUGCGGCCGAGGGGGCGAGGAGGGAUAGAGAGGUUGUUGGGUGGGAGGGGUGGUGGAGGGAGCAACUUGGUGGUAUGUGA